AUGGCUGAAGCUUGUUUCCAGAUAAUUAAAACUGGAUGGGCAGUUAAACUUGGCCAACGUGUAAAAUCAUGGAAAAGAAGAUGGUUUGUUCUUCUUGGAAAUGGACAUUUAAGAUAUUUCGUAGACAAAUCAACGUACAUUGAGCAAGGCUGCAUGAUUUUAACAAAAAAUACAUGCAUAACAGUUUCAUGCGCUACCUCAUCCGGCGUUCCUAUUAACAUUGUAAACAAAAAAAGAACGUUAAUCAUGACAUGUGAAACUCAUGCAGAAGCAGAGGACUGGUAUAACAAAUUAAAGGAUGUCUGCGAUACUCUUGAAAAAUGA